GCGCACUGCCUCUCCGCGCUCACGUGAUGCAGCAGGAAGAUGGCGGCGCCCAGGGGUGGCGUGCGGGACUGUGAGCCGGGUUGGGCCUAGCGUUCAGUCGGGCCGCUCUCUGUGACCGACAUGUCUCGGCUCAUCGUAAAGAACCUCCCCAACGGGAUGAAGGAAGAUCGCUUCCGGAAGCUGUUUGCAGCCUUUGGGACACUCACUGAUUGUUGCUUGAAGUUCACCAAGGAUGGCAAGUUCCGGAAAUUUGGCUUCAUUGGCUACAAGUCUGAAGAUGCAGCUCAAGCAGCAUUGAACCAUUUCAACAGAAGUUUCAUAGACACCUCCAGAAUCACUGUUGAGUUAUGCAAGUCUUUUGGUGACCCUUCAAAGCCCAAAGCAUGGAGUAAGCACUCUCAGAAAAUCCCUGCUUUGGAAAAACAGCCUGAGAAACCUAUGACAAUUGCAGCUCCCGCAAGCACGAAGAAAGAUAAAAAGAAGAAAAAUGCAUCAGAAAACUUAAAGGAGCUGGAAGAAGAUAAAACAUUCCAGGAAUUCUUGGUGGUUCACCAGAAACGGUCUCAGGUGGCCACUUGGGCUAAUGACACUUUGGCAGAGGAGCCCAAGAAAGAAAAAUCAAAGCCAGUGGCUGAUUAUCUGAACUUUGAUUCAGAUGAGUCUGAGGAUCUGAGUGAGGAGGAGGAGGAUGGGGGUGAAUCCUCUAAAGAUGAGAAGGAAACCAAAGCAAAGAAACAACAGAAGAAGAAGGCAGCUACAAGAGAAGACCUCUCAGAUAUGGAUUACCUGAAAUCUAAAGUCGUGAGGGAUUCCUCCUCCUACUCUUCAUCCAGUACAGAUGAGGAAACAGAUAGUGAGGAAUUAGAAGUGGAAAGCAAGACUGAGGAGGAUUCAGGCAGUACAGAAAAUAUUGGCACCCACACAGAAAAAAGGAGGAAGUCAAAAUCCCGAGAAGCAGAGCAAGAGGCACUAGCAGAGAAGAAGAAAGGAUCCACACUAGAGACUUCUGUGCAGCAGAAAAAACAUGUGAGUUCAGCAGGAGCAAGCACACUACACACAGUGAAACUACGUGGUGCUCCUUUGAAUAUCACUGAACAAAAGAUUCGAGAAUUCUUCUCACCUCUGAAGCCAGUGGCAAUCCGAAUAGGAAAAGAUGCCCAGGGGAAAAAUACAGGUUUUAUCUUUGUUGACUUGAAGAGUGAGGCAGAAGUGAAAAGGGCCUUGAAACGGAAAAAAGAAUACAUAGGUAAGAGAUACGUUGAGGUAUCUCGAUGUGAAAAUACCCCUAAAGAAACUGCUACAGCAAAAACUGAUGACCAACCUUGGCAACGAGUGAAGAGGGAUGAUGAGGAAGAGGAAGACUUGUCUGAAUCAGGGAGACUCUUUGUCAGAAAUCUUCCUUUUACUAGCACUGAGGAGGACUUGGAGAAGAUCUUUUCCAAGUAUGGGCCCCUCUCAGAGAUCCAUUUCCCUAUCGACAGACUGACAAAGAAACCCAAAGGAUUUGCUUUUAUCACCUACAUGAUUCCUGAACAUGCAGUGAAAGCCUAUGCAGAAAUGGAUGGACAGGUGUUCCAGGGCAGGAUGAUGCAUCUUUUACCCUCCACAAUCAGAAAGUUAAAAAUUGAAGAUGUUGCUGCAGAAGAAUCUUCCUGCUACAAAAAGCAGAAGGAGGCCAAGGACAAAGCCAACAGUGCCAGCUCUCACAAUUGGAAUACACUGUUUGUGGGGACAAAUGCUGUGGCUGAUGCCAUUGCUCAGAAAUACAAUGCUUCCAAAAGCCAAGUGUUGGAUCAUGAGAGUAAAGACAGCGUGGCAGUGAGAGUUGCUCUGGGAGAAACGGAGCUGGUCCAGGAAAUCCGACGGUUCCUCAUUGAAAAUGGAGUUAGCUUGGAUUCCUUCAGUCAGGCUGCUGGUGAGCGGAGUAAAACUGUGAUCCUGGUGAAGAACCUCCCAGCCACCACAAGCACAGCAGAGCUGGAGGCUGUCUUUAGCAAACACGGCAGCCUGGGCCGGGUGCUGCUCCCAGCCGGAGGCAUCACAGCCAUUGUGGAGUUCCUGGAGCCAACUGAAGCCAAGCAAGCGUUCACCAAGCUGGCCUACUCCAAGUUUCGCUCUGUGCCAUUGUAUCUGGAAUGGGCUCCAAUGGGUGUCUUCUCCAGCCCAGCCCUUCAGAAAAAAAAUACAGAGGCUCUGGAGAAGGAGGGAAAGGAAAGGCUGGUACCUGAUGGUGACACAACUGUAAAGGGCUCAGAGAAAACAUCAGCACAGGAUGAUGAGGAAGAAGAAGAGGAAGAUGAGGAAGAGAGCAUUCCAGGGUGUACCUUGUUCAUCAAGAACCUCAACUUUAACACCACAGAAGACACUCUGAAGGAGACAUUCUCCAAAGUGGGAGCUGUGAAGAGCAGCACAAUAUCCAAGAAGAAAGACAAAGCAGGCACUUUGCUUUCUAUGGGCUUUGGAUUUGUGGAGUACAAGAAGCCAGAGAGUGCUCAGAAAGCCUUGCGACAGCUCCAGGGCUGCAUUGUAGAUGGCCACAAGCUCGAAGUUAAAAUCUCUGAGAGAGCUGUCAGGCCUGCUGUGAAGUCCUCUCGAAAGAAGCAGACAGUCAAGAAGCAGAAGACUUCCAAGAUCCUGGUCCGAAACAUCCCAUUCCAGGCCACUGUCAGGGAGAUCAGGGAGCUUUUCAGCAUCCUCUGCCAUCCUCCUUCCCCCCCCACCUGCAUCAACUUUCAUGGAUAUCAAGUCAUGGCUGAUUUGCAGCUGGCCCGUAACAUUUCAAGAAGAUACAUGUUUUAUUUUCGCCAUAAGAGAUGUGGUUGGAUUUGGAAAGAACUGUCUUAUAGAUCUCUGCCCAACAGAUGCUAUCCGAGACAUCUAUGGAGGCAGAGAGAACCUGCCUGGACUUGGACAUCCCUGCUGCUUUUGCCACCAAAGGAACUGCAUCUUAAGUUGCAUGUUCUGAGACUGGCACUGUUUCCUUUUAAUUUCUUUGCAAAGUACACCUGUAUGUAUGUACAAAGUAUGGAAAAGGGUCCUAAAAUUGCCAUAACCUCUGCUUCCAGCCCACCUCUGCCAAUUGGGCACGCAAAAAUUCCAAGCACUGCUCAAGAUGAGGUGUCAGGGCAGUUCCUGGUUUUCUCCAUUCUAACAAAGAUGUGGCAUUUGCUGCACCUGGCAAAACAGGUGUCUGAGCCUGAUGAGGAGGAAGCAGAUCUCCCUCUGUCAGAGGGCAGAAGUGAGAGCAGCAAUGGGAUGGGGCAUGGGAGUGAGAGCUCUGCUAGGAGAAGGAACAUCUCUGAAGAAAGAUGCAAUGGAUAAACUGGCAGAGAUUUAUUAUUAUUAUUAUAUUUUUUUUAAGGCAGUAGGUAGUCUUUAUGAAGUUAAUUUUAUAAGAUGAUGCCUUUCACUUCUUCUGACCUAUUAUAAUAAAGUGUAGUUAUCAGAA